AUGCUGCAAUAGAUUCUACGGGAUAUGUAUAUAGAGCCUGUCCUGCCGGCUGAGCUGAACGAGGAGUAAAGACAAAUCCUCUUCUAUAAGAUUCGAGAGGAGCAGGUGAGACGCUGGAACGAGAGGGAGAGGAACUCUGACCUUCCUGUAUGUAAGAAGAGAGGUGACCAGAGAGGCGUUGAGUGGCUUCUGAGCUCAGAUGGAGAGGUGUCGGUCAUGGGGGAAAGCCUUGGGGACAAACCCUUUGAAGACAUUGUGGAAGAGCUGAUGGAGGAUAGAGCCAGGAAGCAGGCCCAGCAAGAAGCACAGGAACUCCGGCGUGUGAAGGAGGCAGAGAUUGAAAAGAAGUUCCGAGAUGCCAUGGCGAAGGAAAAGGCUCGUUUCGCGGCAGAGAAAUGGAGGGAAGAGAUGGAUGACAGAAAGGCAGCAAAGCAGGAAGAAGAAGAAGAUCGCUUUAGAGAGGAGCUUAAAGGAAAAUCUGAGGAGGAGGAGAGAAAGAGAGGCAAAGAGGAAAUUCGGCAAGCCGAGGAGCGGCAAGCAAAAGAGCUUUACGUCUCUCUGAAGCAGGAGGAAAAGAGAAACGAGAGAGAUGACAAAGAAUGGCUAGAACAAUUGCAACGCUUCAAGACGGCGGAUGAAGAGAUGAAAUGUAAAGCGGUACAGGGUAGAGAUGAAUACAAGCGGCAGUCUUUGAGGGGUAUCGAAAAGGGGCUGGUGGCCGGGCGUAGGGGGCUGUUUCAUAAAACGCAUCUGAACCGAUCGGGUCAUGGCCGACGCCACGAAGCAGUCAUCGAACAUCCGCCACUUCGGGAUGAGUCCAGCCAUUCAUCAGCUGCUGGUGCUGGCUCACUUACCUCAACCCAUUACCAGGACCGACAAAACCGCCGUUAUUAGAGUCCAGUGACACAGUCGCUCACCGAAUGGUUCCAGUUCUGGGCCCCCCUCUGGGCCCACCCCCACCCUGGGCCCGGGACAACAGACCCAUGCUAUUUGACCGGGCAACAUGAAAGCAAUGCCAGCAUCACUCGGAGAUUACUGCGAAACACCUGUACUGCCUGGCACUUACAACUGGACUCACACUCAAUCUCAGUCCAUAUCUCUCUCCACCUGUCUAUCACUCUGCCUCUGGCUUGCUCUCUAUCUCCAUCUGUCUUUCUCACCGUCACCUAUUGCUCUCUCUGUACCUCUGCAGGAAUAAUAUCACGGCAGGAGUCAGAGGAUUUGCUGACGAAUGCCGCAGAGGGCUGUUUUCUGGUCAGAGUGAGCGAGAGAAUCUGGGGGUACGCGCUGUCCUACCACACUGCCAACGGGUUUAAGCAUUUCCUCAUUGAUGCCUUGGGAUUAUUACAGCUGGGCAUCGACCAAAGCCGUCAUGCCACCUUAGCUGACCUCAUCGACUUCCAUAAAGAGGAGGUGAUUACUACAUCUGGAGAGAUACUUAAGGAGUCCUGCAGGCUGAGAAGCUCAAUAGCUGACUAUGGAGGCCUUUUCCAGUGAUGUUUUUCUCUGUCUUUAAUGCCGAGCAUGCACAUUAUUUCAAAAAGUUGAAUCUCAGAAGUGGAUAUCGGUUUUGUUCAGAUUUACACAGGCAUUCACAAAGUGCAAGACUGUCAAGGUUGUUCUUUCAGAUGUAAAUAAUAAGCACCUUUUAGUUGCUCUUAUUUACCUGUCUGCAACAAAUAUGUGACCCUGCCUGUGUGAAAGCCCAGCUAAUGUCAUGUUUUUCUACAUAAAAUCAUCCUACAUAAUGUAAAGAACAGUCUGUGAAAAUAAAACCUGGAUAUCUAUAAUUUUGACUGAGUAAGGUUAUGUGAAAGAUUGAAAUUAAAGUGAAAUUCAUGGUUGAAAUCAAACCGGAUCAGGGUCACGAUAUGAUCAAUUGGAUAUGUCACACAUCUUAACUUCUGUUUUAGAUAAAUUAUAAAUAAUAUUAAAUAAAAAAUGUAAAAUACA